AAGCAUAAAAGGUUUUUGCCUGGUCGCAUUGCCACGAGGAUGCUCCUGUCACGAGCCACGUGGCGUCCCAAGGAAGCGCCAAAUUCCAGCGCUGGAGUCUUCGCCGCCGUUCCGGCGGCAUCAGUCCCGACCGUGGGAAGCUCUCGGACAAUGAAAAUCCACCACAUCCCUUGCUUGGAAGACAACUACUCCUACCUGUACUCUCCCCCGGUCAUCGACGAUGCCACCAAAGAAGCGGCGGUUGUGGAUCCCGUCGAGCCGGAGAAGGUCGUCCAGGCUGCCCAGGAGCACAGCGCCUCUAUCAAGCUCGUCCUCACCACCCACCACCACUGGGAUCAUGCCGGUGGAAAUGAGAAGAUGAAGGAACUAAUCCCUGGAAUCAAGGUCUAUGGUGGUUCGGUUGACAAUGUGAAGGGUUGCACCGAUAAAGUGGAAAACGGAGAUAAGAUUGCACUUGGGAAGGAUACCAGUAUACUGGCCCUUCACACCCCUUGCCAUACCAAAGGCCACAUAAGUUUCUAUGUAACGGCCACUGAGGGAGAGGACCCUGCUGUUUUCACUGGUGAUACAUUGUUCAUUGCUGGUUGUGGAAAGUUUUUCGAAGGCACGGCAGAACAGAUGUAUCAGUCACUUUGUGUCACUCUUGGAUCAUUGCCAAAGCCGACCAGAGUCUACUGUGGCCACGAGUACACUGUCAAGAACCUGCAAUUUGCUCUAACUGUUGAACCAGACAAUGCUAAAAUUCAGCAGAAGUUGUCAUGGGCUCAAAACCAACGGCAGAAAGGCCUUCCCACUAUUCCAUCCACCAUUGCUGAAGAGCUUGAGACAAAUCCCUUUAUGCGGGCUGAUUUGCCUGAAGUUCAGGAAAGGGCCGGAUGCAAGUCACCAGUUGAAGCACUCAGGUUGAUCAGAGAGCGCAAGGACAAGUGGAGGGGGUGAUUACCUAGUCAUUUUUGACCCCUCAAGCUUCGACUUCCCUAUCUGAUGCCAACGAUCAAACGCUACUAUCACUGUGUAUUGCUGGGUUGUAAGGGUCGUUUGCCUUCAUGUUGUUCUCUAUGUAAAGUAUGACCGUGUGUUUAACUCAAUAAUGGAUGAUUUCAACUGUCUGUGCUUUUGCCAAUUCUUUCCUGGCCUGGUACUGAUCGUUGGAACUUAUGUUUGGCAAUGACUUCAGUGAAUGGAUUCCCUGUCACAUAAUUGUAUUUGCACAUUAUUCACCCUCA